AACUGAAAGAAGGGACCAAAUGUUUCUCCAUGGCAGGCGUGUCCAACUAUACAACGCUGACCUUGGCUGACCGCAAAGGGCUACUCUACGUUGGAGCCCGUGAAGCCAUCUUUGCUUUAAGCAUCAGCUCCAUGGAGAUGGAGGAAGCGAUACUUUGGGAGGCUCCGGCAGAGAGGAAAGCAGAAUGCAUCCAAAAAGGCAGAAGUAAUCAGAGGAAGGGUUGUACUCCGCAACACACAACAACUUCCUGGGUACCGAUCCUGUGAUCCUGCGCAACCUGGGGCCCCAGUAUCCCGUCAAGACUGAGCACCUGCCUACAUGGCUUAAUGAACCCCACUUUGUGGGCUCAGCGUUUGUCCAGGAGAGCAAAGGCAGCGAUAUCGGAGAUGACGACAAAGUCUACUUCUUCUUCAGCGAACGAGCAGUGGAAUAUGAUUGCGACAUUGACCAGGUGGUAGCCCGUGUGGCUCGGAUCUGCAAGGGCGAUGUCGGUGGUGCCCGUACUUUGCAGAAAAGGUGGACGACGUUUCUGAAGGCCCGGCUGCUGUGCUCGAUUCCAGAGCAGCAGCUGCACUUUAACCGGAUCCAGGGGACCUACACGUUGAACGGCGAUCACUGGCGUGAGACCAGCUUUUUUGGGGUGUUCCAAGCACGCUGGGGAGACGUCGAUGUUUCUGCGGUUUGCCAAUACCAGAUCUUGGAUGUGCAGAAAGUCUUCGAAGGCCCCUACAAGGAAUACAGUGAAAUUGCUCAGAAGUGGAUUCGUUACUCCGACCAGGAACCCGUUCCCCGUCCGGGCGCUUGUAUCACGGAUUGGCACCGGUACAACAGUUUCUCCACUUCCCUGGAGCUUCCAGACAACACCUUGAAUUUUGCAAAGAAGCACCCCCUGAUGGAUAAGGCUGUGCCCCCACUGGGCAACCAGCCUUUGCUGGUCAAGAAGGAUGCCAACUUCACCCAGCUGGUGGUGGAAAGAGUCCACGGUUUGGAUGGCAAACCAUACGAAGUGCUGUACAUCGGGACAGGUAUGGGUUUGAGGGAAGCAAGAAAGAGUCCAAAAUUGCAGCUGUCAUUAACCCCCAUUCUUUCACUUGACUCCUCCACAGGGACCAAGAUCGUUUCCAAGAACAUCACCGCGAUGGUUGGAAUGGACCUGGUGCUACCUUGCCAACUCACCUCCAACCUUGCUAAGGCCCUUUGGACCUUCAAUGGGCAGGACCUGGUGGAGAGCCAAGCUUCGGUUGUCUAUGAUGCUCACCUUCAGGCACUGAUUGUCUUGGAUAUCCGCUUGAAGCAUUCUGGAUUGUACAAGUGCAUCCAGCUAGAGGAGAUGAAUGAAUUAAUGACGGAGAGUUACCAGGUCACUGUGUUGGCUGAUCCAGCCAUGUCGCUGGAGACCCGGGCUCCCUUGGACAACUUGGGCCUGGUUUGGGUGGUGGUGAUUGCUCUCUCAGCCAUCUGUGUGGUCCUCCUGCUCGUGGUCUUCUCCCUGAGGCGCAGGCUGAAAGAAGAACGUGAAAAAGGCUCCAAGGCCAUUGAAAGCACCCUUGUCUACCCCAUUGAGAUGCCCAAAGAGCCUAAGAGCCCUACUUUUAUUCCCAGCACUACUUCAGACUCGGAUGAGAAGCUCUGGGACCCUGCCAGCUACUACUACUCGGAUGGCUCCCUCAAGAUUGUCCCGGGUCACGCGGUGUGCCAGAAUGGGGGCACCACUCCCUCGCCCACCACAAACGGCAUUCCUGGCCAACCCUUGCAGUCUCCCCACCUCCACUCGCCAAACCGCAUCAACCUGAGCAACAUCCGUGGCUCGUCUUCCAAUGGCUAUAUCCGCCUCAAUUUGGGCACCGAGGAGCGGCCGGACUACAGUGACUUGGCCGAGGAGCUGCGUCGGAAGUUGAAGCAGAGGCAAGCUCUGCCUGACUCGAAUCCCGAGGAGUCUUCAGUAUGAGCUGCCCUGUGGACUUGGACCAAUUACUCAACUACCUCAUCUCCUAGGCCAGGGUCGCGACCCGCCUCAAAACGACUCUCUCUUUUUAAGACAAGACUCUGGACACUUUUGUAACAGGCUUUCCUCACAUCCCUCUAUUUUGAUACACACUGCCGAGAAGACCCCUUUCCCUCACAGCUCCCGCCUUGUUCAGUGUUCUCCACUGUGCUUCCUUUUUGGGACUGUUCUGGGACUAUUGUUGAGCGGUGGUCUUCAUUCCUUCAUCUUUGGAUGUUGAGUCCGAGCCUUUUAGAGACUUGCCAUGGGCAUGGAGACCCCCGAGCCGAACUCACUGUCCUGUUUCAGAUCUGCAUGGGGGAUGGGGUUGACAUGAUCGUGCGAAAAGCAAGCUUGAGUUUUGUUCCCCACGGCAUGGUUGCAGUUGGCUUCCUAGCGGUUGUUGCCAUGUUUUCUCUCUUCUUCCUGCCUUGACUGCAAGAGUUGGACUCUGCGGUAGUGAUUCUCCCCAAAAGGGUAGUGAUCAGGAUGGGGGAAAACCAGCCCCUGCCCCAAAAUAGGACCCCUUUGGGGAAAAGGGGACCUCAGAAAGACAGGUGUCCUCAGGGACAAGGUGUGUGUUGGGAAGCUCAACCAAAGACAAAGGCGUAUGUUGGGGACUGGGGAACACUCUUAGCCAUAGCUUGGCCUCCUUUCUUACAGCUACAUGUAAAGUGAGGCACACUCAACCCACCCAAGAGCUUUCCUUUCCCAGCAGUGGAUGGGGCACCUUUGGGAGUGUGUGUGAUAAACACUUGGUCCUGAUGUCUUUCUGGGGGAGCUACAGGAGGUCUGAGGUCGCUGGAGUAGUGGAGAGGUAAAACUUUCCAAUCAAUUGUUCAGGGGUUUUACAGAGAUGUUUUUGCGGCUCCCUUAUAGUCUCCUCGCAUCUUCACCGAAAGAUAAAGGCAUCCCAAUGUUUCCAUCCCAUCCAUUUUGGGGACCUCUUUGGAUCACGUGCAAAGGAAGGGAUUGACCUUCCAAGAGAGUGGAGUAAGGCAAGCAUUGGGGGGGGGUCAGUCCCACAUGGCACACUCUCUGCUAAUGCCUUGCACAUUCCCUUGGCAGGAGGGUUGCCCCGCCUCUUCCACCAACACCCUCCCUCCAAAAAUGUACCACCGGAUACUUUGUAUCCUCUGGCCUGUCUCCUUCAUUGUGCCCCAAGCUCCCUUUCCUGAAGGAUACACACAACUACAGGAAGUUUAAGUGUGCUGUUGCACGCUCACUCGUGGCCAUGAGUGCAAUGGUCAUCGUCGGGUCGGGUUAAGGGAAACAAGUGCCAUCACAUGUUCCAUCCCACAAAUUACAUUCUUGGCAUCCUUCAGUGUCAUAAUACAUGUGACAUUCUGUUCCUACCAGUCAAUCGGCGUUUGUGUGUGUGUGCUUGUGUAUGAGUGUGUUUGUGUGUGUGAGAGAGAGAGAGAGAGAAGGGCUUUCUCCACCCAAGGCGCUUCCCUGGGUCAAGCGAAGACUUUUGCAGAUGGCAAUCACCCAACUUGUGAAUCAGUUGGUGGGCCAUCUUGGUUCAUUUAAGGUAAUGGCCAAACCCAGCCACCUAUACAGUGAAUUUAGGGGUUCCCUAUAUUGGGCGAAUCCAGAAUGUCGUUGAAAUCGUCCACGAGGUUAAAGGCAGUGGUGUACGAUGCUGCCGGUUAAACAACCGGUUCGGUGAGCGUGUGCUUAAAGCCCUUGUGCACAGCGCUGAAAAUGGAGCAUUUAGAAGCUCAGCUGCUUACCUUCCAACAGUAAAUAAAACAGCGAGGUUGGAGGAAAUCAGCAGUGCUCCGUGAUUGAGUUGAGCUUGAAAGCUGGAAAUAA